GAUUUUUAUAUGUUGGCUGAGUUAUUAUGGAGUAAUCAUUUAUAGCAGCACUCGUUAACAAGCUUCAGGCGGCAAGCGUACCUCAGUGGUUACAGUGAACAAGUGUUACCUAAGCAGAAUUUUACCUUCUAAGAUGUUAUUAGAGACUGAGCAGCAAUAGCAGGCAUACAUGUCGAAGACGGCUGGCGCAAUGCUUCCAUCUCCGUCGGUACUAACUGGUAACUUCCAGCCGCAAACUGCUGCGGCCUUCGUAGAGCAGUGCAUCGCGGAAGCAAAGGCUCGGGCUGCAGGUUCACGCCUUGGGACGCCCAGCGUACACCAGCGGGCAAGCGUUGACGAGGUCAACGCGCUAUGUAACUUGGCAUCUCGCCACUUAGGCGCUAUCCGCCAUGCGCCGCCCUCGCCCUACCACGUCCAGCUCUACCCGCCACGCUCCAUUUCCACGCCACCUCUCCGCACUUCCCAGCAGCCCCAAUCCCAAUCACAACCACAGUCCCAACCGCAGCAGCCCUCAGCUGAACCGUGGGAUGGUGCCGCCGCAACCGCCUCCUGGGUUGAGUCGCAUGCGUCAAAGGUCGCUCUUGUGGGCCCAGGUUCGGGUGCCGCAGCAACCGCCUCCACUGUGGCGCCGGGGGCCCCGCUAUCCAGACCGGGCACCAGCAUGCAAGGCCGCGUGGGGUCGGGUGCCAGCCUCCGGGCUAGGACCCCGCUCCUUCCGGACGCACCUCCCAGCGGGUCCAUGCAAGCAGCAGCAGCAGCUAGCGGCAACGCAACCGCAGGCGCGGGCGCUGCCGAUGCGGCACAGCCCAAGGAGGGGACACAGCGGGAUGGGGUGCUAGCGGCUGGCAGGCCUGACACCCAGCUGCAGCAACAACAGCCGCCUUUAACGUCCACGCUCCCGCCCCUCAUCAUCCCCUCAGCACCCUCAGCCGACGAACCAGCAGCUGCAGGCUCCGCUGCCCCAGCAGCAGCAUCCUCCCCACACCGCUCCCCCACCACAACCGCUGCCGCCACCGCUGCCGCAUCAGCAACGGCCGCCCGCGCCUCACCCCCAGCCCUGCCCUCCUCACCCCAAGGCCCCACCUCGCGACUCGGGCCCCACCAUGCGGGCCCCAUCGGACCCCGACCCACCACCUCCCUCUCGGUCCAAGACCUGACGCUGCCAAAGCCCGGUGUACGGCUCCCCGGCAUGGGCGGCAACAACAGCAACGCCAGCAGCGGUCAUGCCACCGGCGCCCCCAGCGGCGGUGGCGGCGGCUGCUCCACUCCACACCGCAUGGACCUAAGCAGCGCACCCUGCAGCGGCGGCGGCAGCCUGCCGUCCACGCCGUACCAUUCCAGCGGCGGCGGCGUGGCCAGCAUCCUGGGUGGCGAGUCACCGCGCGGCAGCAUGGCGAGUCGCGGCUCCUCGCGCUUCUCGCACACCGCCACCCGGUGGCGCGCGCAGUCGGUGGAUGCGAUGAGUGGCGCUGGCGGCGGCGGGGGUAGCAGGGGCGGCGAGGGCGGUCGGCUGGGCAGCUGCAGCUUCAAGGUCUCUCCCGGCAUGGUGUACAGCGUGUUCCAGGAGCUCGACGAGUACGACACGGGUCGCCUGACGUACUCGGCCUUCGAGCAGGCAGCGUGCAGGGUGGGCCUCAGACCCGCCCAGGCAAAGCGCUUCUACAAGCUGUUGGACCCGAAUGAUCGCGGCUUCGCAACCGUUCGCGAGUGGGGCAGCCCGCAGCUGCAGCGGCAGAUGGAGGCCUUCACGCGGCUCUACGUGCAAAACACCCGCGGCAAAGACGGGCGACCCAAGGACGCGACAGAGAUCAAGUCCAUGCAUAUGGCCAUUCAGAUGGCGCUGCUGAAGCUGCAGCUGCGGCGCUGCGGGCGGCCGGUGUCUCUGGACCGGCUGGUGCAGGCGUUUGCGUAUAUGGACAAGGACAGCAGCGGCGCGCUGAGUGCGGAGGAGGUGGAGGACGCGCUCAACUCGUUGGGGGUGUUUGUGACCAAGGAAGUGAUGGAGACCAUCAUGCGCACCUUUGACAAGAACAACUCGGGUGGUGUGGACUACUACGAGUUCGUCAAGGCGCUGUACCCCACCCUGGACCAGGCGUACCAGCACUAGUGUGGCUCUGCCGCUGCAGGUCGCAACUGCUGCCACAGCUCCUGUGAACCGCACACUUGGACAAUGAACCCCGGAUGCUCGAGACUUGCGUGUGUGCGUGUGCGAUGAGAGCUACCGGUAGUGGGUGGUCUGACAACGUUGUUGUAUAAAACGGACAUGCGUAAAUGUGAGUAUGCGUCGUUACCUGGUAUUGCAUGUGGGCAUGGCGGCUUCUGGCCCUGGCAAUGUGUGCUGUGGGCCCGAUACGGUGAAGUUGGUCUGCUCGGUUUGUUUGCUUGGGACAGCUUGGGAUACAGAUGGCUGGAGGAGCUUUCUCGAGGGCAGGAGCUGCUAACGUGCCCUUGCUCCUUGCGCCCGGGUGGCCCUGAGGAAGGGUUGCAUACAACCUUGCAGGGCGCUUUUGGGCUCAGUUUGAUGAUAAGAUUUGGGCUUUUGACAGAUGAUGCGGGGUGUAUUCGUUGUGUACGAGUGCGCUGGAAACUGUCGCAAAUUUGGGGUUGCGGACUCGCGGUUGUGGUUGUCAUGUUGACGGGACGGUCGAGGUUGACAUCCGUGUUCCUGCAGGAGGUGGUGGGUCACGCGGAAGUGGCUGCCUUGGUAGGCCUAGCAGGAGCUGUUUAGACGCGAGGUGGCGGGUCGCGGGUGGGGCAAUGGCUUGGGUGCAGUUCCCGAACGAACGCAGGUUGGUUGCCGCAGCGGCAGUUGCAGCAGGAGCAGGCUUGCGUUGGAUGGCGUUGGAUUCCUUGGCUGGUCUGUAUGGCGUCUGUAAGGGAACGUCGAAUGUAGGGAUCGAGGGCGCGUGCUGUGUUGCUAGGGUACCUGUUGUUGGGAGCCUGCGUGACGUGUUGCGCUGGGCUGCGUCAAGUGUUGUACGAUGUUGGAUGGUUGCUGUUUCUGGCGUUGGGUUGCAUACACCACUGUGUCCAGGGUGCUGGGGUCAAUGCAGGGGGCAAGGAAAGGAAGUGUUGCCGCAAAUGCGAGGCGCAGUUGGCUGAUAUGCCCCGUUCGGCCCCUGUUCAAAUGGAUGUUCGAGCUCUAGUAGUGGCUGUGACUUGUUAAGGCGCCUGGUGAAGGGAAAGGUAUGCCAGACAUCCCAACUCGUGCCGUGUGUUUGUUGCCAAACCUUGCUGACGUUCGUGGCCGACCCGUGCAUGCGAGGGUGCCAGCGCAUCUCGCCGACCUACUGCUCGUGAUGUGACUAGCUGGUGGAGGUCUGGCAAGCUCCAUGCUACGGCGGCUGUGUUUCUCGCAAACUCACGGCUCUGAUAACGUCUGUGGGUUUCGAGUGUUUCUUGGGAACGUGCCCGUUGUAGGUGCGUGUUUUGCGCCUGGGUAUUAAGCUUGCGGGAAAGGAAUGGAUUAAUGAGGUGGGCUGCAUGCCCUUCCUCCAUGAAUGAAGUUGGUUACCGGUAUAUCAAGCCUUUGAUGGCAUUCGACGACACAGGAAGUGAAGACAAGCCGCAGCAUGGGCGUGAUGAUGAGUUGGUAAGCCUGAAAGUUUUGCUGCUCGGCCGUAGUUCCAGUUUCGUUUCAUUUUGUGCCAUGCCAUGUUUGAAGGUGUAGCAUGAAGCGGGGUUGAAAGAAGUAUGGAGAAGUGCUACGGUACUAGCGAACACCUGUCUGGCCUCGCCGACGCCUUACUGGUGGCAAGUGGACCCGUCACGGACCCAUGGGACGGUGUACGAUUGAAGCAGCGAAGCAAGCAAUCUGCUUUUUAAGUGGGUAACAGUAUUAGUUUACAAUUGGAUUUUGGUUAUACACUCCACCACCCUCAAAUCUACACGCGUCGGUUAACGACGGCAAGGAGACACUGGCGUGUACAGUACGUGACUUGUGGCACAUAUUGUUGGCAUAUAUUGGCAAAAUCCUGUCAAAAAUGUCAUGAAUAUCCCUGCGUCGACUUGUACAGACAUCACCAAACGCGCAUGUGGGAAGCAACAAAAGCUACAGUGGCGUUGCCUGCAUGGAUGAACACACAGCUUUGGCUUAUUUAUGUAUAUGUACGAUCAGCCAGACGUCAGCUAUAACCUGUAAGUACAACACACCUUGCUACCUGGGUUCUUAGGAAUUAUUAUUUGUCAUGAUGCCUCGUGCAACAAGCCAAACAACAAUGCAUUCUCUUCCUUGACACAGCGCCUGCACCCCGGCGGCAGCCCACCCAGACAUCAAAAAGCCAACAGGCAGGGUUAAGAAGACAGCGUUAGCUUCCCAUACAAUGGUAAUGUUACAGAAAGG